GUGUGUAUCUUACGAUUGCCGCUUACAUUUCCUCUCGGAGAAUCCUCUUUUACCGUUUAGUAUUCUUACAAAAACUUUUUUCAUGAAGAUACCAAUGAAAGUACAUGCGGUAUUCAAAGAAUUUUCUAACAAUUCGUUCACCGUCACUAUCAUCCUUUAAAUCUUCGUUACGUUAUGUUGUUGUAUAUUUAUGAAAAGUAAAAUAUUUCUACAGUUAUUGUACGUUUACGACGAAAAAAGUGCGAUUUAUCAAUUGUGAGGGAAGAGAAAUUUUGUCAAGUUUCAAAGAGAAGAAAUUUUUGUCAGAAAAAUGCCAGCCUUGAAGCUUUUCGGCCGAAAAUGGUUGGCAGCCACGGAUGAUCUUGUAUACCCUGGAUUGUUCGAAAUUUUAAUACGCCUUACUUGGUUGAUCUUGAUAGGAAUAGGAUGCGUAAAAUAUUACGCAAGUACCUGGAGAUGUCAACUAGGAGGCGAUGUAGUCCGUGUAUAUUUAAUAGGAGAAGUAACCAUCCUUGGUAUAGUUAUAAUUAUUACAUUUUUUAUCAUAAGAUAUAGUAGUAAAGGAUCCAUAACGGAUACACACGCUCGCCGUUAUGUUGAGCCGCUUCUCACAGUGAAAAUAUUCAUGAUUCUACCAGAAAUAAAUUGGAACAUUUUGGGAACGCUUUGGAUCUCCAGUAAGAACAUAGAUUGCGAAAUAGAACAGUACACAAUGAGCAUCGUAAAGGCAAUGGUAUUUUUCAAUUGGAUCCUUAUCGGCCUUACCAUCUUUGGUUUUAUUCUUGUUUUCGAUCCUCUUGGCUCUUUGGAUAUACGCGAGAAAGAUCUAGACGACUCAAUCAAGCAUGGAAAGAUAUCGCGAAACUGGCGGCGAAGAUUCAAAUUCCUUUGGUGGAUGAGGAAAGACGAAAAGGCCAAUGAGACCUUCCAACAUGUCGCUGGUCUUCUCAGCGCACUAUUUCGAGGAACAGAUUUGGUACCUUCUGACAUUAUGGCAGGCUUAAUUCUACUGCGAGUUCGGCAGAAACGCGAAACACACGAAUUGAGAAGUUUAAAUCUACUUUCUCGGCCGAAAUAUACUGUUGAUGCACGCGAUAUUUUUGCUGAAACUCCCAGUUGGAUGACCUUGGAAAAUGCACAUCAUUUCCUUAAAUUAUCGAUUGCAUCUUAUGGCCAUUUGUUCGUUUGUUAUCAACAUAUAUGUACAGGAUGUUUUCGUUUAAUACCGAACUUAACUUGCUGUGCCUGUUUCCGAAAAAAACGGAAAGUCAUCCUGAACGACAAUUGUUGUUUCUGUAACUUAUCGGGGGUAAAAUACAUAUCGAAAUUAUCAAAUGAUGACAUUUUAUUCGCUAGUUUCAAGAAUCAUUUAUGUGAGAUACCUUUUUGCGUGAUAGUCGAUCAUAAAACAUCUAGUAUCGUUAUAAUUGUACGAGGCUCUCUGUCGUUGAGAGAUUUAAUCACAGAUAUCGCCGCAGCAUCCGAGACAUUUGAAUGUCUUGGAUUACCUUCAGGAAGCAUGGCACAUAAGGGUAUGAUAUUAGGAGCUAAAGCACUUUUAAAACAAUUAUAUCAUUAUAAAAUCUUAGAAAUGGCUUUUAAUACAUAUCCUACAUAUACCCUUACAGUAACUGGUCACAGUUUAGGUGCUGGUGUGGCAGUUUUACUGGGCAUACUAUUACGUUCUGAAUACCCGAAUUUAAGAGUUUAUGCAUUUUCUACACCAGCUGGAGUUAUUAGCCGAAGUGCUGCUAAAGUUACAGAAGAAUUUGUAUUAACAGUAACCCUUGGAGAUGAUCUUGUAACGAGAUUGAGUGUUGAAAGUACAGAAGAUUUAAGAACAUCUUUGCUUGCCACUCUUGCAGAAUGUCGAUUACCAAAGUACAGAGUAAUUCUUAAUGGUUUUGGUUAUGCAUUACAUGGUGUACCUGAACAAGAUCUCGACAAAACAUGGACAACUUCUGAUAUCAUUAAUUCAAUACCAGGACAGUCUCCUUUAUUAACAUAUUCUGAAACUACUAAUAAUGAGGAAAACACAGUAUUAACAUCAAAUAUUUCACAAAGAAGAUUUUCAAAAAUGAGACUUUACAAUGCUGGUCUUAUAUUACAUCUGGCAAGAUGUAAGCAUACAGAAACAAAUACAAGAAGUAAGAAAAAGAAAAAUGAAAAGAAAUAUGAAAUGCGGUGGGCACAGCCAGAAGAAUUUACAAAAAUGGUAGUAAUGCCGCGAAUGCUUUUAGAUCAUCUUCCAGAAAAUUUGGAAAACGCACUUGCAACAUUGAUAGAACAACAAAAAGAUCUACCAAUUUACUUUGACUCAUAAUAUAGUUCCAAAAACAUGUAAAAUUUAGUUAAUAUUUUACUUAAAUUGAAAAUGGUAAGAGGCUCCUUGUAAUUAUAUAUAUUGUAAUACUAUUUUGUAAAUUUAGAAAAUACACAAUAAAAUUUA